AUGAAUCCGAUGUGCAAAAUGAAUGAUAAGCAACGAGUUUGUCUAGUCUUUGCAUCUCGGCAACUUGAGAUUUGNAAAGAUCGUGGAAUUCCGAAAAAACGUCCAAAUGUUCGAUUACCAUCGACAAUUCUUGACAAGUUUCUUUAUCAUGGCGAUCUCGGACAUGCAAAAAACUACAAUCUAUUACAAGAAAUCGGUAUAAAACACAUUUUAAACGUUUCAGACAUCGAAUUAGAUAACGAAAUUCGCGAUAAUUUCAAUGUCUUAUGGAUAAACAUCGGAGAUGAACUUGGCGUUAACAUCGAAAAUUAUUUCGAGCAAACGAACAAAUUUCUACGUUUAUGUCAAAACAAAAACGAGAAAGUUUUAGUUCAUUGUCAAAUGGGAGUUUCUCGUUCAUCUUCGAUCAUUCUCGCAUACCUCAUCACGUAUCAUUUCGAAACACUUUCCGAUGCUUACGAUCAUUUAGUCAAUUGUCGACGUGUUGCUGCACCGAACUUCGGCUUCUUUCUCCAACUUAUUCGAUACGAAAAACUUCUACGUGAAAACAAAGAUAAAUAA